UAAUGAGGAUGCCAGCCCCCAUCAGACUGCGGGAGCUGAUCCGGACCAUCCGGACAGCAAGAACCCAGGCAGAAGAGCGUGAGAUGAUUCAAAAGGAGUGUGCUGCUAUCCGAUCAUCCUUCCGAGAGGAAGAUAACACAUACCGAUGCAGAAAUGUGGCAAAGCUGCUGUAUAUGCACAUGCUGGGAUACCCUGCGCAUUUCGGACAGUUGGAGUGCCUCAAGCUCAUUGCCUCUCAGAAAUUCACAGACAAGCGCAUUGGGUAUUUAGGUGCCAUGUUGCUGCUGGAUGAGAGACAGGAUGUCCAUCUUCUUAUGACCAAUUGCAUCAAGAAUGACCUUAAUCAUAGCACGCAAUAUGUGCAGGGGCUGGCACUCUGCACCCUUGGCUGCAUGGGCUCCUCAGAAAUGUGUAGAGACCUUGCGGGAGAGGUGGAAAAGCUCCUCAAAACUUCCAACUCCUAUCUUAGGAAGAAGGCAGCAUUGUGUGCUGUUCACGUUAUCAGAAAGGUGCCUGAACUUAUGGAGAUGUUCCUGCCAGCCACCAAAAACUUGCUGAAUGAAAAGAACCAUGGUGUUCUACACACAUCAGUAGUCCUCCUCACGGAGAUGUGUGAGAGAAGUCCAGACAUGCUUGCACACUUUAGAAAGAAUGAAAAGCUUGUUCCCCAAUUAGUUCGUAUUCUGAAGAACCUUAUCAUGUCUGGCUAUUCACCAGAGCAUGAUGUGUCUGGGAUCAGUGACCCCUUUUUGCAGGUGCGAAUCCUGCGGUUACUAAGGAUUCUAGGGCGAAACGAUGAUGAUUCUAGUGAAGCCAUGAAUGAUAUACUUGCACAGGUUGCUACUAAUACGGAAACAAGUAAAAAUGUGGGAAAUGCCAUUCUCUAUGAAACUGUACUGACUAUUAUGGACAUAAAAUCAGAGAGUGGACUGAGAGUGUUAGCCAUUAACAUCCUAGGCCGUUUCUUAUUAAACAACGACAAAAAUAUUAGAUAUGUAGCUUUGACAUCAUUGUUGAAAACUGUGCAGACAGACCAUAAUGCAGUACAGCGACAUAGAAGCACAAUUGUGGACUGCCUGAAGGAUCUGGAUGUCUCCAUUAAAAGGCGUGCAAUGGAACUGAGUUUUGCUCUUGUUAAUGGGAACAAUGUUCGUGGAAUGAUGAAGGAGUUGCUAUAUUUCCUAGAUUCCUGUGAGCCAGAGUUCAAGGCAGACUGUGCAUCUGGAAUAUUUCUUGCUGCAGAAAAAUAUGCUCCUUCCAAACGCUGGCACAUAGACACAAUCAUGAGAGUCUUAACAACGGCAGGAAGUUAUGUUCGUGAUGAUGCUGUUCCCAACCUGAUUCAGCUAAUAACUAAUAGUGUGGAGAUGCAUGCCUACACUGUGCAGAGACUCUACAAAGCCAUCCUUGGUGAUUACUCCCAGCAGCCCCUGGUGCAAGUGGCCUCCUGGUGCAUAGGAGAGUAUGGAGAUCUUCUGGUGUCUGGUCAGUGUGAAGAAGAGGAGCCAAUACAGGUAACAGAAGAUGAAGUUCUUGAUAUUUUAGAAAGCAUUCUGAUAUCUAAUAUGUCUGCAUCUGUUACACGAGGCUAUGCUCUCACUGCCAUCAUGAAGCUUUCCACAAGAUUCACCUGCACUGUCAAUCGCAUUAAGAAGGUAGUUUCCAUUUAUGGCAGCAGCAUUGAUGUGGAGCUACAGCAGCGGGCAGUGGAAUAUAAUGCACUUUUCAAAAAAUACGAUCACAUGAGGCCAGCCCUGCUUGAGAGAAUGCCGGUAAUGGAGAAAGUCACCACAAAUGGCCCUACUGAGAUUGUACAGACCAAUGGAGAGACAGAGCCAGCGGUACUGGAAACCAAACCUCCACCUUCUGGAUUGCAGCCUGGUAGCCAGGCAAAUGAUUUGUUGGACUUGUUGGGGGGAAGUGAUAUAACACCUGUAAUCCCCACUGUACCUACAAGCAAGCCAGCCUCUGCUGGUGGGGAGCUCCUUGACCUACUGGGAGACCUCAACCUAACAGGUUCUCCGGUACCUGCCCCUGUACCACAGAUAUCACAGCCUCCUUUCCUGCUUGAUGGACUGCCAUCACAGCCUCUCUUCAAUGAUAUUGCUGCAGGAAUCCCCUCAAUUACUGCAUACAAUAAGAAUGGCCUGAAGAUUGACUUCACCUUUGAGAGGUCAAACACCAACCCCAGUGUCACUGUAAUCACGAUACAGGCCUCCAACAGCACAGAACUGGAUAUGACAGAUUUUGUUUUCCAAGCUGCAGUACCAAAGACAUUCCAGCUGCAGCUCCUGUCUCCCAGCAGCAGUGUCAUCCCUGCGUUUAACUCGGGGACCAUCACACAGGUCAUUAAAGUCCUGAAUCCACAGAAGCAACAACUACGAAUGCGGAUCAAGUUGACAUAUAAUCACAAGGGCUCAGCAAUGCAGGAUCUAGCAGAAGUCAACAACUUCCCCCCUCAGUCUUGGCAGUGAGGCUCUGGCACCAUUCUUAUUCUCUCCCCACCCAAUCAAAAGAACUCUGGGAAGAAGGUUGUGAUCCUUGGCCAUCCCCCAAACUGCACCAUGGGCAUGGGGAACAGAUGAGACCUGCUGAUGAGGAGGAAUUUUCCUGAAGUGAUUGCUGACUUUGAAGCAUAUCUGUUAAGACUAAUCUCCUCUCCUCCGCUGAUGAGGCUGGUGGCUUGUGGAGGCUACUCUGCACUCCCUCACACAUGCAUUCACAGCCAGAAGCAACAUUCCCUCCCUUCCCUGUCCCUCCCCCCCACCCCAGAAACACAGCCUGGUUGGAAGAGAAGUCUGGAAUUUCUUGCAGGGAAACUCUGUCUCUGCAGCAAGUGAACAGCUGCCCCUUCUUUCUGCUGUCUUUUUUCCCCCGGGGAGGGCAAGGUGUGUUUUUGUUCAUUACUAGCUGGAUUAUCUUCAGGCAUUUUCAUCUGGGGCUCAAAAUGGGGACUUGGAGAAUAUUAGGGUGACCUGCCUUGUUCUUCUUGUAUCCCCUGUGUCUGAAGGGGCUGAAGGCUUUUUAUGGCCUAUUCAGUGCAUUACUUUUACACAUACCUCUUAGUCAUGUGUUGCAUACUAAGAGCAAGUCAGGCCUUGGGACUUCAUCUGCAAACCUGGGACAGUGCAGGAAAAGAGGUGCCAGUGAAAGCUGAUAAAAUUGCUUUGGUGCUGUACUUGGAAAUGAAGACCUUACACUUGAAUUUUAUUUCCAUCAGUGGCUGCAACCAUGCAGAUUCACAGUCUUCUGUAGCUUCCCCAGAAAGUGUGGUGAUGUCUGAGAGAUGCAGAGAUCCAAGGAACAGCUGGUUUUCUACCAUGAUUAAUUUCAAAGCCUUUUGACCCAUUAGUUGUGGUUUAUGGGUAGAAAAGAUGUAUUCAGUUUUGUGGAUCAGUCUUUGAGCAAAGGUCCUAUUGCCUGCUGGGAGACUCAUCAGAGACUAUGCUGCAGAGCUGUUCUUCCCAGUUAUUCCAGACCUUCUCCCCAGAUUAAUUUCCAGAGCCUGUUGUAGACCCCCUGGAUUCCAUUUGAUUUACUUCUGACUGGGAUAUUUGUGUUGUAUCUGUAACAUUGGCACUGAAAUAAAAACCAUGCGGUUUAAAGAGGCCUUCUCCCAUUUUGUUACUUAAUUGAUCCUCGUAGUUGGCUCCUUGCUCCCCUUCCAGAGAAAUCUGUGUUAGUUCAGGUUCAGACUGAAAGGAACAUAACUUUUUUUGAAUGAAAGCCUUUUUUUUUUUUUUUGAGUAUUUGGAACCAAAGAUGUGAGGUCCAGUACUCUUCUAAGCUUAAAGAAAGAUGUAUUCGGUUAUGUUUCCUAGUGUAAACUGUUGUUGAGGUAGUAAGAGUUCUAUGAAUUCUAAUGGAGGCAAUGUAUAGGAUGUACGGCACAGUGUGACAAAACUAUUCAGGUGUUCAGCACACUCUGGGGAUGAAGAGGGAAUGAUAGGCCUUCAUUCAUUAGUGUGCUAGUAAGUUGAAGGUACCCCAGCUUCCAACCACAAAGCUUUCUUAAAAGAAACAGGUGGCAGGUACAUCUGCUUGAUUUUCUGUUACAGGGCUUUAAAUGUGAUGAUCAUUCAGUGCUCUGACAGCAAGCUUAAACCCAGCCCUUUGUGUCUGCAAAAGUAAUAACACUAGGUUCCAGUCCUUGCCAGAAAUAUCGGAGGAGUGCUUCACAGUGCACUUAAGGAAAAUUAAAGACCUAUUCUGCCCUUGAAUCUGUAGUGGGAGGCCAAGAAAGGUUGUUCAGUCUGUUUUGGUUUUACUCACGGUAGGUAAUAUGAUGUAGGACUGACUGUGUCUCUGACUUUAAUUGUUGGUAUGUGGAAUAAGUUUGGUUUCUCUUGGAAGGCAUUUUUGCUGCCUUAAUAGGAAGACUGGUUUGGGCCUUUGGUUUAGCAAAGAGUUUUGUUCUAUUGAAAGAGGCACCACCAUAGGUUUAUAAAAUCUAGCAAGAAUGACGUAUGAUUUCCUUAAAAUUGAUUGAGGGUUGUGGCAGGGUCUUGGGCUUGAGCUAUCAGUGCAAAGAUAGUACUUUGCUUCUAGCUGAAGCAUCAUGAAACAGGCAAUCUUGCAGAAAAUGGUUGAAUCAAUAUCUUUUUUUGGGUGCUGAGCAUUUACUUCUUUUAUUGUACUUGUGACUGUUCAACACCUGACUGGCUCAAACUCCUUAGUGUGCAAUGCUGAAUGUGUUCAAUAUAGCCUCUAGUGAGCUUUGAGGAUGUCCCAGAUAGCAAACUAAUAGAAAGUCUUCACCUUAGUUUCUGAAAGCCCCAUGAGCUCUCCCAUUCUCAGAAUUGUACGAGGGUCACUUUUACUCAAAGUUGGUACAUCUCAAUUUCCAUUCCUUUUUGCUGAGAAGAGCACUGCGGCAGGAAGGUAAGAUAGAGAGAAGGACGUAAGUGGCCUCUCACCUGGCCAGUUUGUCACAGCAUAACUGGGAACAACUUAUCCUGUCCCUCUUAGACUUGUUUUCUGUCCUGUAGAACAGAUGGAUUUUGUUGUUGGUCUCUGUUAAGCUUUUAGGGUAAAUUCCUCAUCAGUUCUUGUAUCCUUCAGCUGCCUUUGCACAGAAGUGUUUGUGUUUUGGAUAAUAUGUUGUCAUAUUUCUGAGUCAAGCUCAAGGAGGUGGUGCAUGUGCCUGAAAGGUAUUCUUCUUGAAGACAUCCCUUGGCUAUGAAAUACUCCAUUAUAGCAGCUGAACAUUCCUGUUAUUCUUGGAGCUCUCUUCCUUCCUUUUCCUAAGGGAUGGAAGGAAAUAUUGAUAGACCCCAGAAAGAAGGCCAGGUUUCACAGGUUUCUCUAUCUGCAAUACACAAUACCACUGCUUGCUCCUUGACCCUAGAUGCACCUUUUAACCUCCGUGCUGUUGCUUUUUCUUACUGGAGAGUACUCAACUGCCUCAUAAAGCAGUCCAAGGGCAGUGAGCCCUUUUUCCACCAGUGGAAUGCAACAGUUCUUGUAGGUCUGGUCAACAGUUUCCUUAUUUCAAUAUAUGGAGGAUAUAAAGGGAGCAAGAUACAGAUUUCAUGGCUAAUCUUACUAAUAUUGGCAUUGCAGACUUUAGAGCUGGGAGUGUUUGAAUGUCUGUUGUUGUUGUUUUUCAAGUGAAUGUAUUUGAGCCAAGAGAGGACAGAAGGAAUAGUGGCUGUAAUGGGCCUGAAGGGAGAGAAGAUGUGGGAAAGUCCCAAGGUUUAACUCAAUCCACUUUCUGAUGGUAAAAAAUACGGCCUUGAACAACUUUUUGAAGCAAUAGCAGUGAGGGAGCUGCCACCUAUACAGUACCUUGGAUAUUUAACUCAGAAGAUGCUGAAACAGAUGGGAAAAGUGACUUAGUCCUUUCCCUGGGGCUGGUACUGGCCGCAAGAUGGAGCGGCAAAGAUGGCUUUUUUAGACCUGCUGGUUGUGCUUUCUAUGUGUUCAUUUUCUACGUGGGGGCUGUGAGGGAAGGAGCUGCUGGACUGCUUCCCUCUAAACUUUCACUCUAUUCCUGUAUAUUACUUUUCCUUUCCUGAUGCUGUAAUUCACAUUUUACGUAGAGCCCCAUCACACCUCUUUGAUAGCAUAAAAAAACAAACAAACACCACAACCCCCCACCAAAAUAAAAACAUGCCAUUAAGCAGGGAGCCUGGUGUCAUUCUAACUUCUGCAGACCUAUUUUUUUGAGAUAUGAAAAAUUUAAAUAAAUGCUUAGGUGAGUGAGGAGCAUAACGGAUGUAAACACUUACAUGGGAUGCAUUAGACUUCUGUGUGUAUUGUCUUUUGGUUGAAACAAAUUAUGAAGUGACUAAUAAAAUGAGUCAAUAUUCCAUGAUUUAAAA